AUGCUGAGUGCUGCCCAAUCGUCGCUUGCCUUCGUCAUCGUCGUGGUUGCUAUCGCCACCUCUUCUUUUAAGCCUGGCAACGUCAGACUUCGGAAUGUCCCGCCAGCUCUGCAAAAAUCCUCGCUAGUAACGGAUGUCUACAGUGCGCUGUUGGGCCGCGUCAACAAGGAACGUGCCGCAAACGGAUUGUCAUCACUUUGCUCAAGUUCCAAGCUGCAGAAGGCCGCUCAACGACAGUCGGAAGAUAUGGCAGCGAACGACUUCCUCCACCACGUCGGAUCGGACGGAUCCACGGUUCCAAGCCGCAUCUCGGAAGCUGGUUACAAGUGGAAAUCGAUCGCUGAAAACGUCGCGGGUGGUCAAGCGGAUGCCGACGCAGUCGUGGGCACGUGGAUGAACUCGACCGGCCACCGCAUGAACAUCCUGGGCGACUACACUCACUUUGGUGCAGGCUACACCUUCAACCCGGACGGAAUGUACACGCACUACUGGGCGCAGGAGUUUGCCACUAGCGACGUCGAAUCCUGCGACGCCUCUCGACUGAUGUAA